AUGUCCUCCUCGUGGCCUCCUCAGCAUCUACUGCGCGUAGUGCAGUACAACGUAAGACGAUUUCUGAACGCGCAGAAGGAAUCGACAGUCCCGGCAAUUGCAGCAGCAUUGACGGCGCUGAAUCCGCUACCUUCGAUCAUCUGUCUCAACGAAGUGGACCUUGCUAAAGAUCCUUCAUGCUUGACGGAACUCGCGGACGCGUUGGGGAAGGCAGAAUCUGCGCAAUCAUUCCCGAUAUUAGGAGAGAACUCUUCUCCUGUCGCUACAGUCGACAGCACACAAACAGGAUCAAGAUCUACUUCUACUUCAAAAGCAGGACUAGAUAUGACAGGCACACCUGUCGCAGCAGAGACAGGUAACGAACAAGGGACGCCUCAAAACGACACGUCUUCAUGCUACACCGUCUCGUUUUGGGGUCAUGUGCGUGGACGCUAUGGCAAUGCUAUCUUGACGUCACAGCGUUUAUUUCGUAUUGUCGAAAAGAAGGAGCAUCACCUUCCGGGUGGAAGCGUCUUUGUUUUUCCAGCUGGCACAAAGAAGCUGAACGGUGACAUAGCGAAAGAAGGUGAAACACAUACGAUUGUAAGGGGGAUGCUGGAACUUACUUUGGGAUUCAUAUCAGCGCCAGGAUCUUCAGCCUUAGGUUCAGCACAACCGCAAGAGGGGCCUCGAGAACAACUGCUAACUUUAAGGGCCGUUGCGCAAAUUUAUCUUCUACUCAAGGGAGAGAAUCAUGGGACCGCUAUAUAAAGUGCCAAAACGGACCGGGCCGGGACUUUACCUGAGUGCGUUCAUCUUGGACAAGAUCAGGUUGUCCAAGAUGAACGCACUCAAGUCUAAUGACGAUAUUUCAAACCCAUCUGGAUCACAUUUCCGAAGCUGAACGCGAAACUCAACUUUCUUACGUGCGGAAGCAAGUGUUGGCGUAUAAUGCGGAGAGGAUGGUAAUUUAUGGAGGGAGAAUGCAACUCGUCCAACUUUGUAGCGAGAUCACAACCUUACACUUAAUGAAGAGAGCAAGCUAGCAGGAGUUCCUUGUUCUUGAGCAAGCAGCUGGAACACCGUACGCGCUACACUUAUAUGUAGCCACAACUUCAUGAAGAUGAAGAUUGAUAAGACUAGAAGGAAAAUGGGAUCUUUUGCUGCUCUUUAAGCACAGAUUACCAGAAAGAAGGAAUGUACUGUGCAUUAGUGGAAAAUCUUCGUUGUGACACUACUCCUAAGUAACGCUUUCUGGAGACCUCAACUCUCUGACGCGGUCUGACUACGCGGAGGCUGAAUGGACAGGCCUAGAGGAGAGGCAUAAGGAGCGCGGUUGGAAUCUGCCACAGUCGGGGUGUUUGGACCACGUAUUGUUGCGAGAUGCCGGAAGUGGAAAAUGCCUUGAAUCUGCAGGUGUUGGAGAACAGGAGCUGGGUGAUUCCAGUAAUUCUAGUAAUUUGUUGCAAGAUUCAUUUGUUGCAUCAGAGUUCAUUGGCGGGUCCCAUUUGUUGCAAGACUCGUUUGCAACAUUCACAGCUGACAAAAAACUAGCGAUCAAGGAUCUAUUUCCAAGAGAGAAAUUCACAGCUCACGUUGGAGAACCACUUUACAGGAUUGACUACAAUCUCGUGAACCAAAAUAUGCUUCAGAAGUUUAGAAUAUCAAACUCAAAAAUUUUGAAUGAGAUUGAGCUUAGCGACCACUAUCCUCUGUGCGUUGAUUUCAUGCCAAUUGGAAGUGGAAGUGGGAGGUCAGAGAAUUUAGAAGCGAACCUGUGAUACUUGUAGACGCGGCCAAUGAUUUCUUUGGCAGAAAAGAAGAGAAUCUUCAAGUAUGUCGUCGCAACGGCAGGUCUAAAUUCGUCGUGCUGUUCUUGUGUAUAGUCAGACUGGCCCUCCUUCCUUGCUGGUGAUUUUACUGGAUAGUUGCAGAUGUAGG